AUGGGGAAUAUAUGUUUAAAGUCUACUGGAAAUACUAAGGCUACAGAAAAUAUAGAUAUAGUUCUUCCCGCUCCAAUGUUAACUAGUCCUGGAGUAAAAAAUAGAAUUGAUAAACCAUGGAAAGAUUUAAAGGAUUUAAACUUUAUUGGAAAUCCAAUAAAGAUAAACAAUACACCUUAUACAGUAGAAUAUAUAACUCCUAGUUUAUUUUAUUGUCUAUGGUCCCAGUCAAGACAUGCCUAUCCUACUGGAAAUUAUAAUAUUACAUUUAUUGAUUGUCAGAGUUUUUAUUAUGAAGUAAAGAUAUUUGAGGCAAAAACAGAAGAAGAUACUGCGAUUGCAAAAUUAACAUCAAGAGGAGCAUUAGUGAAAAGAACUGUUAAGGGAGCUUUACAACCCUUUAAAACAUUAGCAAAGCGUAGUUCUUCUUUAUAUGAUAAAAAAGUACAUCACUAUGGUGAUUCAAAAAAACAAUUAUUAAGUGAAGCUGUAAUUAAAUAUGCUGAUACUAUUAGUGAAUGGUUAUCAUAUCAAGUUAAUAGCAAAAUUUUAGUAUUAUUUGAUCAUUUAUGGGAAGGAAAUGCAUCAAUAAGAGGUGAUAGAGUAUCGCAUGAAUCACAAUUAUUAAUAGACUUAUUACAAGCUUGUAGCUGCAAACCAAAUAGAAUUUUUAUUUUAGCUGGAGGUUUUGCAACUUUGAGCCCAAGAUAUCAAGAUUGUAUUGAUGAUGAUCCAUUAUCUUCAGAAUUUACUCAAAGUGUAUCAAUGAUGAAAGCUCCAUGUGAAAUUCUGCCAUCAUUUCCAUCACGAGGAAAUUUUUCUAUUUUAUCUAGUGAUGUUGAAUUUUUAUCUCAAAUGAAUUGGGAUAAAUACAAUAAUACUUUUGUUAUUGAAAGAGUUGUAAAUUUAACAAAUGAUCCAAAUUUGUUUCGUUUUCCAAAAUUAGUAAACAUACAAUAUUAUAAUCUACCUUGUUAUGAAACAUCUAAUCCUCCAUAUGCAUCAGCUUUAAACAUAAUUAGGCAGUCAUAUCAUUUAAAGAAGUGCACUUUGCUAGUAGAUUCAACAGGUGAUCUCCAUGUUAUGAAUAUAAUUUCUAUGUUCCUUGUUGAAAUUGGAUAUAAACCAAGUUCAGUAAUUAAUUUCUUAACACAAAGAAAAAUUGGUCUUUCUUUUGAUGGGAAUAUGAAUGAUAUUCUUACAGAUUCUUAUAGAAAGAAUACUCAUUGUAAAGAAAAAGAUAGACCUAUUAGACCUAUUAUUUGGUUACCUAUGUAUAAUUUGAGUAAAGAAGAUAAAAAGGUUGCUCAGAAUUCUAUAAUUUGUACAUCUACAGAUAAAGGAUAUGAAGAGACUAAAGUUAAAUCAACAAAUAAAUAUAUAAAGGAAAAUAAGGAGAUUAAUAACAGUAAAUGUUCUCAAAAUGAAGAUUUAUCUUCAGAUGAAAUUGAUAUUACUCCAGAUGAAAUUUAUAAAAUUAUAUCAAACUUGAGAAAAAUGGAUACAAGAGCAUCUACAGAUUCUAGAUAUGAAGGUUCUGAAGCAGAUGAAUGUAUAAAAACAUUAAUUAUUAUUUUGAGUAAUGUUUUGAAUUCUCCAACUGAAGAGAAAUAUCGUAAAAUAUCAAUUGAAAAUAAAAGAUAUAAUGAAACAAUAGCUAAAUUUCCUGAAGCAUCUAAAAUUCUUUUAUUGGCUGGAUUUGUUCAAAAUAAUAAAGAAAUAAAAUUACCUUUGGAAACUAAUUUAAUAAAAAUUAAGAUGAUCUUAACUUGGUUAAAGCAAGAAACAGCUAAUAAUAUUGCAUUUAAGAAACGAUUAUGUUAUAAUUCAAGUAUUAAAUUAUAA